UAACCCCCGUCACUCUCGGGCGUGCCAAACACAAACAGUGCACGAGUGAACUGGAAUAACGAGGAAAUUCUUCAAAGCCACACACUAGCACGCGCUUGCACCUGCUACCGGAAUAUUGACAUCUGCGAGAAUCUGAAAGCGCACUGAACACCAUGGACUCCGACACGAGCCGAGUGUCCAGUAGACCUUCUUCUCCUGAAGGCGAUGAUCUCUUCCUGUCCUCUGUCAAGAAGUCAGUGGGUUUCUCCGGUGCCGUCUCCUCCACGCAGAUCGAUUCUUCUCCCGAGUUAAGAGUUACAGACCUGCAGGGCGUCUCCAGCGCCGACGAGGACGCAGUCACUCUGAAGAUGCUCUCCAAAAAGGACCGUAAACUUCUAUCCGAGACUGAGCUGCAGAGCAUGCGCCUCAAGAUCAACAGUCGCGAGAGAAAACGCAUGCACGACCUUAACAUCGCCAUGGACGGGCUCCGGGAGGUUAUGCCCUAUGCCCAUGGGCCAUCCGUGCGCAAGCUCUCCAAAAUAGCCACCCUACUGCUGGCACGCAACUACAUCCUUAUGCUGAGCAGCUCACUGGAGGAGAUGAAACGGCUUGUAAGUGAGAUCUACGGAGGAGGUAGCGGGGCUCAUCACACCUCCUUCCAUCCGUCCAGCUGUGGCACCCUUACCCACGCGGCGGGCGCUCCGUUACCGGGUCAUCAUGCUGCUGUCUCGCAUUCGUCUCACCCGGUGCACCAUCCUCUGCUUCCACCAGCAGUGUCAACUGCCGUAUCUCUCUCCGGCCCGGGUCUCUCAGCCGUCAGGCCGCAUCACGGACUCAUCAAAGCACCAACAGCCAGCGCUGGCACACUUGGCGCUGGUUUCCAGCACUGGGGUGCGGGGAUCCCGUGUCCGUGCAGCAUGUGCCAGGUUCCUCCGCCUCACGUGCCCGGUAUGAGCACCGUCAGCAUGUCACGACUGACAAGUGACUCAAAAUGAAGUAGCCUAUACUGAACUUUGAUAAAAAAUCUUUGAGACGGAACCAUAGACUUUAUAUAAAAGCUGUAUUAUCUUGUUUAUCAGUUUAUGGCUGAACAAUUGUUUUUGGAAAGCACAAAUAGUUCUGAAGCGAAGAAAAUGGAUCAAAGCCACUAACAUAGUUUUCUAACACUUAAGAGUUCUUAGGGUUUACUAUCCAUGUGCAUUUCUGUGUAUAAAGUUUGUGAAAAUGGCAUAUCUUACUCUUUUUAGCCUUGAAACAAGGGACUUUUAUUUACAAAAGAAGUUUAAUGCGAAACAGAUUCAUAGGAUAAUUAAAUAUAAUUAAAACUUACAAUUCAUUAUGCAGUUAAAGAUUGCUAGUUUAAUGGGCAAUUACUGUUAGACGAAAUUAUACAUUAAAAAGUUAUAGAACUUUUAAAAAAAACAUAAUGGCACUGUACUGUGUAAAUAUGUAGAUAGCGUUUGUACAGUUUGAAAGAUUUUAUAUUACCUUCCUCAGUUUAUGUUUGGGGUCAGAAUUCAUUUGCCAAGCGUUGUCUGUAAUAGGAAGUAUGCACCUGUUCAUCUCUCUGUCUCUCUCUCUCUGUCUUUAUCUCUCCCUUUACUUUUCUGGCUUUCCAUUUUUGUUAUUUUUUAUCUUUUCUCUCUGCAUAAGCUUACCCGACAUGGCCGAUGCAAAGAAUGAUCAGCUUUUAUUUUUUUAUAAUAAAGUGUAAAAGGAUAUUUAUUUACUUAUUUUGAUGGUAUUUUCAAAUUAAUGUACAUUGAAUGUUUGAGUCCUAACUGUAAAAUAAAUGUUGUAA